UGAGUAAACUUAAGCUACGUAAACUAGAAACAUUUCAUUCGUUAAAAAAUCUUUAACCUGUCACGUUAUUUAAUUCGAGUUUCAAAAAUUUUUUAUUUUUAUCCUCGAAUAAAUCUAAAUCAAAAUGGGUAAGACGAUAUUGAUCAGUUCAUUAUUCCUAUCGAUUAUCAUCGCAAUGGUGUCGUCAUUGGACAUAGCUGAGUUAAGAGAAUUACACAGCCCUAGACACCCGCCUAUGAAAAGGUCGAUAAAUGUUCAGGCUGAUGGAAGACAACCUGAAUUUGAAAUUUAUUUGUUAAAACGACCGUCCCGUGGAAAUUUGGCAUUAGGAGGUGAAAAAAAUCCGCUUGUUCAAACGGAUAACGUCGACUGCCAAUGCAAAUGUGGAAAAAAGAGAAAUGAUGGACUAUUCAAUGAUGAAAUCUUCAGAUAUAGCGAUCAUCCUGAUACGCCUCGUGGAAACAUCAUUACUGUACCGCCAAAUUGUGCACCGAAUGAAACAUAUGUCGGUGGACGUUGUAGAGUCGUAUCUUAAGAGAAACUGAAAGGAGAUUCUGACAGAGCAAACGUUGUGGAGUAUGAUCCAUGUUCGUUGUAACUUUAUUAUUAUAUGACAAUUCUGAAUGUAUCAUGGUU